AUGCAAGCCAUUGCAGAUAAUUUUACACCAACGAAUGCACUGAUUAAAGAAUUACAAUACGACCAAGAGGAAAAUUUGGAACAUGAUUUCGUAUCAGGCAGAUCUCAAUUCAAAAAUUUAGCUCCAUCAAUUUCCAUGGCCCCCAUUUCAACUCCUCAACAAUUUUUAAGAGCACAUACCGAUGAUUCCAAGAAUCCAGAUUGUAAGAUUAAGAUUGCACACGGUACGACUACAUUAGCUUUCAGAUUCCAAGGUGGUAUUAUAGUUGCAGUAGAUUCUCGUGCAUCUGCAGGAUCUUGGGUUGCAUCUCAGACCGUUAAAAAAGUGAUUGAAAUUAAUCCAUUUCUAUUAGGUACUAUGGCUGGUGGUGCUGCAGAUUGUCAAUAUUGGGAAACUUGGCUAGGUGCUCAAUGUAGGCUCCAUGAAUUGAAGGAAAAGGAACGUAUCUCCGUGGCGGCAGCCUCCAAAAUUUUGUGCAAUUUGGUCUAUGAAUACAAGGGCUACGGUCUUUCAAUGGGUACCAUGAUCUGUGGUUAUACCAAAAAAGAAGGUCCUACCGUUUACUACGUAGAUUCUGAUGGUACGAGACUGAAGGGUGAUAUUUUCUGUGUGGGAUCAGGUCAAACUUUUGCCUACGGUGUGCUCGAUUCUAAUUACAAAUGGGAUCUUUCCGUCGAAGAAGCUCUUUAUUUGGGUAAGAGAUCGAUUAUUGCCGCUACUCAUAGAGACGCUUAUUCUGGUGGUUCUGUAAAUCUAUAUCAUGUCACUGAAAAUGGUUGGGUAUUCCAUGGUAAUCAUGAUGUUGGUGAAACUUUCUGGCAAAUCAAAGAACAAGAAGGUUCUUUCAACAAUGUACAAGGUUGA